UUUAUUUAUAAGCGUGUUUUUCAUCAUAAUUUCAUAAUAUUCAUCAAUGCUCCGUCUUCUGAUUUUUAAAAAUUGUUGAUUUUAAUCAAUUUUCCUACUACAAAUUUACCUACAAGCUCUUAAAGUUCAUUUUGAUUUUAUUUAGCAAUUUUUAUUUCAUGUGAGGGAGUGAAAACACUUGUUUGAGUCUUCUAACCUGCAAACAAUAAUUCAAAUGUGUCCUGAAAGUCAAAUUCUAUGCUUCAAGCAUUGCCGCUCCACUUCUAUAUUUUGCAAAAUAGUUCCCACUGCAUGUCCACUUUGUCAAGAAACAAUUGAUAAUUUUUUAAUACCACCAUUUAUUAUUCCAAAUCCUUUAGUCAAUGCUAAAGAUUGUCCUUGUUCCCUUGUCAUAAGACCAUCAAAAGGUGAUUUUCUUAAUGAUUUCCAAAUAAAUAAUGAUUUACAUAUUGGAAUUACUAAUUCUCAAGGUUUAGUUGUUGAAUACGAUAUGUGUGGUCUAAUUGUUAAUGAUAUCAUUCGAUGGAAAAAUUGUGUUUCGAUUCACAUGAUUCCUGAAUCUUGGGAGUCUCAUUGGGAUGAACUUUUAAAAAAAAUGUGUAGUGAUUGUCAAUGGAGUCCAAAUAGAUAUAAUGAAGACACUUUUAAUUGUUUUAAUUUUGUUAUAUCUUUUUUGAAAAAUUUAAAGUUUCAACAUACACAAUAUAUGAACAAAGAAGAAUUGUGUCAAGAAUUUGUUUUGCCUAAACUGGAAAUGAUUUUGAAAUAUACUUUGCUUUACAAAAAUUUGAAAAAUGCAAAUGUAUACAUUCAAAAUUAAUUG